AUGCAAGAUAAUAUACCCCCAGAUGCUCGAGUCGAUGACCCACGGGUUACACAGGUUAGCAGACCUCACGUAACACCUAUCGACCUAACAGUAAGGGAGCGUUUGCAAGAGCUUGAAAGAGAUAACAAACGGCUUAAGGUUGUGUUAGAGAAAAGAAAGGAAAUCGAAGAAGCUGCUAUCCCUCGUUCCAGCAACGAGAGAUCAUACCGACAUCGAGAGUUUGGCAAUGCACACAGAUGGAGUGAACUUCAUGACGAUCGUCGUCGUCGACAUAUCCAAAGCAACGAAAGAAGAAAAGAGGACGUCAGGGACGAAUACCAGAGCCGAGAUCACCGUGAUGAUGGUUAUAAUGGUCGAUAUGACAUCAAUAAUGAUCACUACUAUGCAGCCGAGAGGGAUAGACAUGAAGGAACAAAUCAUGUGAAGCAUAGGCAGAGGGUCGAUCGCAACAAUGAUCGUCACUCAAAGAAGUCUAGGCGUGAAAAGGAGCAAAACAGCACUCACCAUACGAAGUUAGCAAGGCUGAAACGACGACUGCAGAAGCAAACUCUUAACUCUUACAGAGAUCGAACUUCUGCCAGCUUUGAGAACACGGCGUAA